AGUCGAGAGACGUGGUUGUGACGCAUUUCCGGCGCGCCAAGCGAGGAAAAUGGCUGCGUCCCAGCAACAGGCUUCAGUGGCGUCCUCUGCGGCUGGGGUGUCGGGUCCAGGUUCAGCCGGCGGUCCGGGUCCUCAGCAGCAGUCACAACCACCGGCACAGCUGGUAGGGCCCGCCCAGAGCGGGCUGUUACAGCAGCAACAACAGGACUUCGAUCCUGUGCAGCGCUAUAAGAUGCUCAUCCCGCAGCUGAAAGAGAGUCUCCAGACUUUGAUGAAGGUUGCAGCCCAGAACUUGAUUCAGAACACUAACAUUGACAACGGACAAAAGAGCAGCGAUGGACCCAUACAACGUUUUGACAAGUGUUUGGAGGAGUUUUACGCACUCUGUGACCAGCUGGAGCUCUGCCUGCGCCUGGCACACGAGUGCCUGUCACAGAGCUGCGACAGUGCCAAGCACUCUCCGACGCUGGUGCCCACAGCCACCAAGCCAGACGCCGUGCAGCCUGACAGCCUGCCCUACCCACAGUACCUGGCGGUCAUCAAAGCCCAGAUUGCCUGUGCCAAGGACAUUCACACAGCUCUGCUGGACUGCGCCAACAAGGUCACAGGGAAAACGCCUGCACCACCCACGGGUCCUGGGGCCCCCCUGUGAGUGUGGGGUGGGGUGCAGGGGAAAUGAAGAUAGUGGUUUUUAGCCAA